GCACAACUUAUGUAUGAGAGCAGAUCGAUCGGAAGGAACAUCGCGCAGGAGCGUAUCGCAUAGGGGUGACAAAUAGGAGCGACGCAUAGGGACUCCCGCCGCUUACCAACGCCGCCUACCUGCGAACUACUCAACAUAGGAACGCCUCGCCCGCCGCUCACCCACCGCUUACCAGCGCUCACCCAACAUGAUCGAGUUCCUGCUUAUGGUCAACAAGCAGGGGCAAACGAGGCUAAGCCAGUACUACAACAGCCUCAGCAUCGAAGAGAAAACAAUCCUCGAGGGGGAACUCAUUCGGAAAUGCCUGUCGCGAGUCGACUAUCAGUGCUCCUUCCUACAGUACAGGGAGUACAAAAUUAUUUAUAGAAGAUAUGCCAGCCUCUACCUAAUCGUCGGAGUGACAAACCAAGAUGUAAACGAAUUCGCUAUACUCGAAAUGAUUCACAACAUUAUAGAAAUUUUAGAUAAGUACUACGAAAAUGUGUGCGAACUAGACAUCAUGUUUAACAUUGACAAAACGCAUUUUAUAAUUGACGAAAUUGUGUGCAACGGUGAAAUAUGCGACAUGAACAAGUCCAAUGUCCUCCGCCCAAUUCUGCUAAUGGACAAAUUCUCUCCAAAAAUGUGA